AUGUACAAUGAGAUAGAGGGUAACUUUGAUGGCGUUGCCAUCGGCACUUUCAAAAGCGGCCUCCCAACCGAGCAUGGUUUAAGAAAAUCCCUAACAGGAAAGCCUGUUACCAGCCUACGCCAACUCAUGGACCGGAUCAACAAGUAUAAAAGGGUUGAAGAAGACCAGCAAUUGGGUAAAGGUAAAGCAAUGAUUGUCUCUCAGGAGAGGAGGGACUUCAGUUCGGACCAAUUUAAUAACAACAAUCGACCGAGGAGGGACUUUGCAGGGCAAUCCGGAUCUGCCGAGGCGCAGGCAGUUAAUGCUGUGUUCCGAGAUCUAGUACAUCAGGUUCUGGAGAAGAUAAAAAACGAGUCAUUCUUCAAAUGGCCAAAUAAGAUGGUGAAUCUAGAGUCCCAGAGAGACACCUCCUUAAGACCUCCCAUAGGCACGAUAAACGUCAUUCUUGCUGCUCCGGGAAAGACCGGCUCUUAUCCUUCCAGAGUGAUGUCUGUGACUCAGCUAUCCACUGAGGACGACAAUCGGGAGUCCAAAAAAGCCAAGAAAGAAGCCCCACCGGUGCUGGGCUUCUCGAAUGAAGAUAAGAUCGAAACCAUCCAACCCCAUGAUGAUGCUCUAGUAGUCACACUUAGGAUAGGAGGAUAUGAUGUGAAAAGAGUGCUGGUAGAUCAGGGCAGUGCUAUGGAGGUAAUGUACCCUAACUUGUACAAGGGGCUGAAUUUAAAACCCGAGGACCUAACAGCAUACGAUUUUCCUCUAGUAAGUUUCGAGGGAAAGACUGUUACUCUAAGAGGCCAGAUUAGACUACCCAUACAAACUGGUUCGGAUGUGGUGGAGGCGGAUUUCAUUGUGAUUGACGCUUAUUCACCCUACACAACUAUUGUGGCUAGACCUUGGCUUCAUGCCUUAGGAGCUGUCUUUUCUACUCUGCACCAGAAGGUGAAGUAUCCGUUGGAGGGCCAGGUUAAAGAGAUUGUAGGGAAUCAGUCUAUGGCCAGAUAA